AUGAGUGACCUUCAGAAAGCCUGGGCCAAGAAUCGCCUAAGUGCUAUAUCUCCCGAGAGCUUCGACGAGCGGGAGGAAGAUGAGACUAGUCACGCCGUCUCUGAACUUCCGGAGCAUGUCGACGACGACUCGUCCUCAGCUUCGUCGGCUUCCUCCACGGGAACCGUCAUACCUUCUCCAAGUCAGAACCUAUUUGCCAGACCACAGGGCGCGCCGAGAGGACGAUCGCUGCAGCAGAUCCCAUGGACUACCUACUUCGAGAGGGAACUAUUCCUCCACGAUCCAGGUAGCCCUGCCAACCCAAGCAUACAUGCCUACCUAACAUCCCCUGUCGGAAAGGGCCCGCUGUUUGUCAUGCAUCAUGGUGCCGGCUCGUCCGGCCUUUCCUUUGCCGUGGUCGGAGAUGAGAUUCGAAAGCGCCUCCCAUUUGCCGGCAUCCUCUCCAUCGAUGCGCGGGGCCAUGGUUCAACGAAGACGCCAGAGCCGGAAGCAAACAGCCUAAGUCUUGAGACCUUAGCUGCUGAUCUCAUCGCUGUCAUCCUACGGACCCAGAAAGAGAUGAAGUGGCCUGAGUUGCCUCCCAUUAUCUUGGUUGGGCACUCCUUAGGAGGCGCCGUCGUCACCGAGGUUGCAAGGACCGGGAACCUUGGUAAUGCGCUGCUAGGCUAUGCCGUCCUUGACGUAGUCGAGGGCUCCGCUAUAGACGCCCUUCAGAGCAUGCGUUCUUAUCUUACAACACGACCCGCCGGUUUCGCCACCUUGGAAGCUGGAAUCGACUGGCAUAUCAGAUCGAGAACAAUUCGCAACUCACUCUCCGCACGUACGAGCGUUCCAGCUCUGCUCACCCUAAGCAGCAAUGCGAGCGACUCGAGGCCCUGGAAGUGGAAGACAGACCUCGGCGCAACCGAGCCAUUCUGGGAAAACUGGUUUGCGGGUCUAAGCAAAAAGUUCCUGGGCGCUAGGGGCGGGAAGCUACUCCUCCUGGCCGGGACGGAUAGAUUGGACACGGAGCUGACCAUUGGCCAGAUGCAAGGGAAGUAUGCCUUGCAAGUAUUCCCAGAGGCGGGCCAUUUCAUACAUGAGGAUUUGCCUGAGAAGACAGCAGUUUCUCUCGUGGAUUUCUAUAAGCGGAAUGAUAGAAGUGCUCUCGUACUCCCACCCAAAGUAUCCGACCUGAUAAAACAAGGCAAGAAGGUUUAA